AUGACCUUCGUCGCGGUAGCGUCGUCUGUGAGCUGUGGCUAUGGAACUAUAGUCCGUGGAAGACGAAGCGUGGCUGUGUGGAGUGUGGAGUGUGGAGUGUGGAGUGCGGAGAGUCUAGACAUGGAGCGGAGAAGCCGAGAAGCAGGACAGGAUCAAAUCAUAGUUGGUGUUCUCUUAGGAAGUUGCUCGGAGACCAUUCAACCUCUAAUCUCCUCAGUUGAAACUGCUUCUGAAGCUUGGUCACGGCUCUCGACUAGCUAUGCUAGUGACUCACAUGGACGUAUUAUCUAUCUCAAAUCCAAGUUAACCAACAAUCCAAAAGGAAAUAGAACCAUUGCAGAAUAUUUAAGUGACAUGCGCAAGAUUUCGGAUGCCUUAGCAGCUGCUCAAAGCCCAGUCAGUGAGAAUGAUCUUAUUACUUAUGUUCUCAACCAGUUAGGAGAUGAUUAUGGGUCUAUUGUUCCAGCCAUCAGAGUGCAAAAGUCAGGACUUACCUAUGGUGAUCUCAACAACAUUCUUUCUGAUCAUGAACGUGCGCUUAAGCAAUUCGAAGAGCAACGUCAAUCAUUGUUGGUGGCUGCUAAUGUCACACAAAAGCAUAAUUCAUCAACCUACAACCGUGAUGCCAUGCAAAAUAAUCGUGAUACAUCGCAAAAUCGUGGUCAAGGGAAUUACAGAUACAAGCGUGGAAAUGGAAACAGAUCCAAUAAUGGAGGUUAUCGCCAAAAUUUAAUUUGUUGCUUUUGUAAUUUUCAGGGCCAUGAAACUAAAUUCUGUAGGAAGCUUGCGAGAUUCCUUCGUGACCACAAUGUGUUCGAGGCUCCUCAAUCUCAAACUUAUGCCUCGGGACCUUCUAUCAAUUCUUCUGUAAGUGGUACGCCACCAACUCAGUAA